AUGCAGACAGAACAAGAUGAUUGCUCCAGCACCUGCAAUACUUCGCGACAAGAGGAGAAACCGUGCCAGCAAAACUCAUCCAGCCUCCGAAGAAAAUCAAAGAAAGAGACCGAGAACGAGAGCUACUCUGACCAAUCCGGCUCGCUUCGCCAACGCAGCCAUCGCCAUAUCCACCGCUUCGUGUCCCUCGUCCGCUCGUUUUCUUCGUCGUCGCAUGGCAGGUCGGCGGUAGACUCGCCCGAUUGUGAGGUGUCCCCCUCCGUAUUCACGCUUCCGCAAAUGCUGCCUUCUUCGGAUUUCAGUCUGCUUCCGUACGUCCACUGCGCCGAGCAGCAUCAUUACCCUCGAGAGCUGUUUCCGCUCCGUGGGAAGCAGAUUACAAACACGCUCACGCGAGUCGGUCGCCACUGUCGUCGUCCUGUUCUUCUAAACGCGCUUCCAAACACGUCUCUUCCUGCCGCCUUUCAGCAUCUCCCUGCUGCUCCAGAGUCACUCGAGCUUCUCAUGCGGUCGAAGGAGUCAGAGCUGCAGUGUCCAGAGUACAUCAAGCUGUACCUUGCGCUUGUGAAGAACCUGGUUGAGACGCAUACCGCUUGGACCGAGCGGUUGAGAUCUUCGUUCUACCCUCGCAUGAGCUACGAAGCCUACAUGUACAAUCUCUGUCAGAACGACCCUAUAGCGCGGAGAUCUCUGUUUGCGUACUUUGACGAAGACGGGGUCCAUUCCAGGAUCAGUCCAGACGAUUACUACAACCGGUCUCUGUGCCCGAGACCUCCUGCUCUUGACGCACCGCGAUAUUCGUCGUACACGGGAUUCAUGAUGCCGGCUCCGUUGCGCUUCGAAGGUGGAAGCAGGUCGUUUGGCGAGUAUAUGUGGUAUUUCUGCAGCAAACUCACAGAGAUAGCGAGUCUGAGCUAUAAUAAUUAUGCCGGAUAUCAGAAGCGUGGGCCGGUUACUGCGGCCGCGGAUGCGAAAGAAGAGGUUUUGGAGCUGAUGCGCAAGCAUUGCGCGGGGGCUUUACUGCGCAGCAUGGCGGUUGUCGAGCACAAGAACCCGAUGCAUUACCUGUGCGGAGUCGAGUACGGCAAGGGUGGAUGGACUCCAUCUGCGGCGCUUGAACCAGUUCGUGGACUUAUCUUGCGAAACCACAGGAUUGAUAGCGACUACUUUACGCACAGUCAUGCGUUUACAACCACGAGCGUUGCGCACAGGGCUAGUCGUCAUCAUUACACGCCACACAAGAACGGGCACAUGGCGAACGUCAGUUUCACCGUUGACCGGAAUUACAUAUGGCGACGACGCGCGGAGGUAAUUUUGUGUCCCGAGAUAGUCCUGUGGGAAGACGACGAAGACGCGGCCGCGAGACAGGAACCGAGUCAGCUGGAGAUGUCGGUCUGGCAGGAUUGCGGGGAGAAGACGAGUAUUGAGGAGUACGUGAGAGAGAAGUUUGGCGAUUUUUUGGAGAGGAGACUGUCUGUUACUGAGAUUAUACCCUGUGAGCUGCAGAAGCGAGGAUCGGCGAAGGCUGCGAGUUGCAACAAGAGUGAUGCUGCAGUGGUGGAAGUUGAAUACCCCGGGUCACCUACUUCUGUUACUGUGAGCAGCGCGACCGACAAAAGCGGUUCUGAUGUCGCAAAGAGCGAGUACCGCUCACCUGGUUCGACUGCACUGACACGCGCGAGGAUAGUAAAGUGGAUCAAAGGCGUUGAACGGAAUAUUGGUCAAGACCGGAACAAUACCUUCUGA